GAAACGAGCGGUUCGAUGAUCAGAGUCCCUGAAGAGGACCUCGAAGACGUGGACGAGCUGAUCGCCGUUUCUAAGGAAGGAAACGCGGAGUAGACGUGAAAAGUAUGGAGAUAGAGAUCGACUGGAGCCGAAGAUGGAUGCGACUUUUGGGAGUGUGGCCGGAUCCAAAGUUGACGAAGAAAACCGACGAUAAGUGGGCAUUGUGCAGGUGCAUCGUACCUGGAAUCGUGAUUGUCGGGGUCAUGCAAGUACCCCAGAGUAUGCGAUUGGUUGCAUUUCUGGGAGACCUUGACGAAACCGUCGAAAUCAUGAUGGCCGCUCUGGUACCAGCCACCACGUGCCUCAUGAAGCUGAUUUACCUGUGGAUCAAGAAAGAAGUCCUGAGGCCAGUCAUCUCGUCCAUCAUCCAAGACUGGACCAGGCCGAAGACGAACUUCGAGAAGGACUUGAUGCUGCAGAAUGCCAGGCUGUCUCAGAAAAUCGGAAAAACCUUUUUUGCGAUGAUGUACGUCGCCGUACUUUUUUACGUCAUUCGACAUGCAUUCAAUGAAGUGCAGAGGAGGUUGUCCAAUAAUACAGAGGUCGAGCAGGAAUUCGUACUUCAUGCAAAUUACCCCUUCGACACUUCGAGCACUUGGGUUUACAUCCUCGUUUACUUUUUACAAGUGUUCAGUGACAUGUACGCUGCUCUUCUGUUCGUCACCUUCGACAGCUUCAUCUUCAUGCUGGUUUUACACCUGUGUGCGCAAAUUAAGAUCCAGAGGUCGGUGAUAAAGAAUUUCGCUAUCAGGGAGAUGAGAUCCGAAUUCCAAGCGAUGCUGCGCUCAGUCGUCACUAGAUACGACCAUCUCUCGUGGUUUACCCGAAAAAUCGAGGACUCCUUCAACAAUGUGUUUCUUAGUCAAUUCCUGGCUUGUACUCUCCAGUUUUGUUUCCUUGGCUUCAAAUUCCUCAUGAUCCCGAGAAACGAAACCAGAGGCGUGAUUUUUAUUCAGGGUUGUUGCGUGCUCAUGUACACUUUGUCACUUUUUUUGGUCCCAUUUAUGUAUUGCUAUUUAGGAGAAUGUCUCCACGACGAGAGCACAGGUUUAUGCGAAUCGUGUUACGAGUACGAGUGGUACAAUUUGUCACCACAUGAGGCGAAGUGUCUAAUGUUUAUAAUGUUGAGAUCGCAACACCCUCUGCAAAUAACCGCCGGAAAAUUUUCACCCCUCAUGUUUCGGACUUUCGCGCAACUGUGGCAGACAUCGGCAGGGUACUUGUCGAUGUUGAUAGCAGUCAAAGAUCGCAUAAUCGAGCAACAAAUUUCAUGAUCAUGAACUCUGCAUCCUGCUACUGUCUCCCAAUUGGUCGAUUAUAACAAUAUCGAAACGUUUACGAGGUUAUCAGAGGCAGCUAGCGAUUAUUCGUGGUAUUUUGUAGAUACUCGUUAAAUCAAUUAUAGAAAUUAAUUACUCACAGCCGGUCCGAACUUCGAUUAAAGUGAAGUCAUUCCCGGCGGAUCGAAAUUUUU